AUAAUUUAUAAAUCAACUAAAAGUUACCAAUUAAGUGUCCAAGACGCAACAUCUUCGUAAAUUAAAAAAAGAAUCCCUUCGGUCUCUCCCACCAUUUCCCGCCGUGCGGAGACUACGAACACACUCGCCCAAGCAGCUAUAAAUACCAAUGACAGAAGCUCUCGUAGCAACGAUGCCUGAAAUCAUGGACGGAAAAAGCUCUAGCAACACUGCCGGAAAGCCUAUCAGGUGCCGAGCUGCGAUUGCUAGGAAACCACAGGAACCGCUGGUGAUCGAGGAAGUGAUAGUGGCUGCACCAAAACCUCGCGAAGUUCGAAUCAAAAUCAUAUGCACGUCGCUUUGCCAUAGUGAUAUUAACUACUGGAAAUUGGAGCGUCCUCCUGCAAUUUUCCCCAGAAUACUCGGUCAUGAAGCAAUUGGGGUUGUAGAGAGUAUCGGUGAAGGAGUACAUGAAGUUGUUGAAGGAGACUCUGUGAUCCCAAUGUUUCUGCCAGAUUGUGGUGAAUGUGCAGAUUGUUUGUCCAAAAAAAGCAACCUGUGUUCAAAAUAUCCUUUCCAUUGUACUCCAUGGGUGGGUAGAGAUGAAACAAGCAGAUUCACAGACAUCAAUGGAGAAACUUUAUACCAUUUCCUGCAUGUAUCAAGUUUUACUGAGUACACAGUGGUUGAAAUUGCUCGUGUAAUCAAAGUUGAUCCAGCAAUCCCAGCAAACAGAGCCUGCCUCUUAAGUUGUGGAGUAUCAACAGGGGUAGGUGCUGCUUGGAAAGCUGCAAAUGUGGAAAUUGGAACAACAGUUGCUAUAUUUGGACUGGGUGCAAUUGGGCUAGCUGUUGCUGAGGGAGCAAGGCUAUGUGGAGCUAAGAGAAUCAUUGGUAUUGAUGUGAACCAAGACAAGUUUGAAAUUGGAAAGAAAUUUGGAGUCACUGAUUUUGUGAACCCACGUAACAUCGGGGACAAAACUGUCAGCCAGGUGAUAAUUGAGAUGACUGAUGGAGGUGCAGACUAUUGCUUUGAGUGUGUUGGUUUGACUUCUCUUGUGCAUGAAGCUUAUGAUGCUUCUAGAAAGGGAUGGGGGAAAACGGUUAUGCUUGGAGUUGACCAACCGGAGUCAAUGUUGACUUUAAGUUCUUUUGGGCUACUUGAGGGUGGAAAGUCUCUAACGGGUUCACUUUUUGGAGGUUUAAAACCGAAAUCUGAUAUCCCUGUUCUCAUAAAACGCUACAUGGAUAAGGAACUACAACUUGACUUAUUUGUGACACAUGAGGUUGAGUUUGAUGAUAUCAACAAGGCUUUUGAUUUGCUUCUUGAAGGGAAGAGCUUAAGGUGUGUGAUUUGGAUGAAGAAAUGA